UCUCUUUCUUUCUUUUCAACAAAUUCUUUUUUUUAAUCUAAAUCUGUUUUCAUCACUUUACUCCAGCUGUUGUUCACACUGACUCACUAUGUGUUUCUGAACUGUCUGUGCAUAGCGCCGCACAUCGAUUAUCUCUGCUAUUGAUUAUAAGAGUCUGCGGUGCUUAUCCGUGUACAAUGGCCGACAGCAGCAUGGGCACAGAAGCUGCAGAACCAAAACGAGAAGAACCCUAUCUGUACCGAGGGAGAACCAGAUGUUCCCCGGAGGAAGAGGCCAGACUGGAAAGACAGCACUUCUGGAAAAUUAUCAACGCAUUUAAAUAUUACAGGACCCACGUAGAGGAGAGCCUAAAGCGGUGCGAGAGACAGUACCUCAGUCUUCCGCGGCGCCACCAGCAGCUCCUCUCGGGAUUCCUGGAUAAGCUGGCUGAGAUCCGACGCUGCAUGGAGUGCAACCACCAGGUCCUGCAGGCCAUCGUCCGGAACUGCACACACAUGUUCGAGAACAUGGAGUAUGACGAGGAUGACAAUGUGAGGAGAGCUGGGCCUUCUUCAACAUUCGACAUGGACAAGCUGAAGUCCACCAUUAAGCAGUUCGUGAGAGAUUGGAGCGAAGCCGGCAAAACGGAGAGAGAUUCCUGCUACAUGCCCAUCGUUGAGGAGAUACAGAAACAGUUUCCUCCUGAAAAGUGCGACAUCUCCGAAGUGAAGGUGUUGGUGCCUGGAGCCGGUCUGGGCCGUCUAGCGUGGGAAAUCGCCUGCCUCGGUUACUCCUGCCAGGGCAACGAGUGGAGCUUCUUCAUGCUUUUCUCCUCCAACUUCAUCCUUAACAGGUGCGAGAAGGAGAACGCCAUGACAUUGUAUCCUUGGGUUCACCAGUUCAGUAACAACAAGAUGUCUGGAGACCAGACGAGAGGCGUGACCUUCCCAGACGUUAACCCCCAAAGCCUCCCGCCCGAUUCCGACUUCUCCAUGACGGCUGGCGAUUUCCUGGAAGUGUAUACGGAUCCAGACACGUGGGAUUGCGUCGCCACUUGCUUUUUCAUCGACACUGCCCACAAUGUCCUAGAAUACAUAGAGACAAUCUGGAAUAUUCUCAAACCUGGUGGUGUGUGGAUCAAUCUGGGGCCUCUACUGUACCACUUUGAGAACAUGGCCAACGAACUGUCCAUCGAGCUGAGCUACGAAGAAAUAAAGGACGUCAUGUUGAAAUGCGGCUUUCAGCUCGAGGUGGAGAGAGAGUCAGUGCUCACUACGUACACGGAGAACGAGCGCUCCAUGCUCAAGUAUUUGUACGACUGCGUGUUUUUCGUGGCGAGGAAACCCGCACCGCUGCUCUCCAACUCCCAAAACUGUAAAGACAACGAGCUUAAAAACUCAAAAUCAGCCACUACAACAACAUGACCUCAGACACCAGGAGCCUUCAGACUUUUAGUCAUUUUAAUAUCUAGAAUAUUGAAUUAGACCCUGUUUUCCUUUUUUUUUGCAGGUUUUUUUUUUAAGUUUCAGUUCUUUCAAAACACUUCUUUGUCGACUUCACUUCAGGAUAAACGUCAAGAGGAUGCGUCACUGCAAUGGUACAAGAGGAUGGAAUGUUAAAAAAAAAAAACAACAACAAGAAGCAAAAGCCGAUAUCCUGGUAAUGUCAUUGUCUCUCCUGUCACGGAUGCCUGCGGUGUGUUUGGGAUCUGAACUUCUGAUAAUGUGAGUUUGGCUGCCUGACAGGAAAUGGUAAGGCCAAGUUGAUGAGUGUGUGUUCAGAACAUGAUUGGGACACAGUUCUAAUACCAAAACCAAGAAAAUGCAUAAAAGAAACCUGGGUAUGUAAGCAGCAAGUAUAUAUCUGUAUAACACUUAUCGGUCAAACCCACCACUGAGACUGCUGAUUACUCAGUAAUGCAGUGCUUUAUACAUUUUUUGAUCUUUAAGUCAAUAAGAGUUAAAAAAAUAUGCUUUGAAGUAUGUUUGGAGUGUUAACCAAGUCCAUAAAUCAGCACGUUUAGCACAUAAAGCUUGGCCUUUAUACAUUACACAUAACAGCGAACGUUACACUUUACAUUAAAGCAACUCGCUAUUGCAGCUAUUUCCCUAAACUGAAGGAUGAAUGCAAUGCAUUAUAGGUGCGCACCACAAUCCACUGGCCACUCUGUUAUUAUGCUGUAUUAACCCUCUAAGGCUGCUUUAAUAAUAUAUUCAAAUUAUGUAUGUAGUCAGUUUGAAUGGAACCCUGGUACAGUUCUUCAGAACCAGGCAGUCGCACUAUAGUGUGGACUAAUAUAUGCUACAUGGCCAAAGGUUUGUGCCACAUCUAUAUGUGCUUUUAGAACAUCUCAGUCCAGAUUAAUUCCCCCUUUACUGUUAGUUAUUAUAAGCUCCACACUUCUGAUAAGGAUUUCCAUUACAUGUUGCUGUGUGGAUUUGUGUUCAUUCAGCUCCAUGAGCAUUAGUGAUAUAAGGUACUAAUAUCUUGUGAGGAGGUCUGGGGUGCAGUCGGUGUUUCAGUUCAUCCCAAAGGUCAAGUUCUUUCUUAAAAUAUUAUUAGUCUUCAUAGAGCUUGCUUUGUGCACAGGUGCAUUGUCGUGCUGGAAGAAGCUUGGGACAAUUGUGUGCCGUCUGCUUUAAGGCAACAGAUUUGAGGUGGAACCACAUAUUCGUGUGACGCUCUAGUGUCCACAAACUUUUGGUCAUGUAGUGUAACUGGUCUAAAAGUGUCUGUGGUGGUCUCAGUCUGCCUUCAUGUGAGUGAAUGCAGUGAAGAGAGUCCAACAUUCAUUUGUUCAACUGAGCUAAAGGACAGAGCUGUAGUACUGCAGAAACGGGAUUUGCUCUGGCGAUUUGGAUUGAUGGUCAAAAAAAGAAAAGCGACACGCACAAUGUUUAAAGUAGUUCUGAACCAAUUAUUGAACCAAUGAUUGAGUGCCUGCUUUGUGUUCUUUGUACUAGGGUGACUUUUUAAAUACAUUUUCCAUUGUUGUAUUUCUGACCAAUGAUGGAAAGACCUUUUACAAGGUGUUUUGAGUCCUACGUUGCUUAGCUAGUUUUUUAUCCAAAAGUAUUCAAAAUCUCGCUGAUUCACCCUCGGGCUGGCUUUCAGACUUUCACAUGAGUCUUUUCCAUAAACCUUAAGAUUAUUCUACAUAAAUGAGGAAGUGACUCGAUUCUCACUGCACUCGAGCUCUCACUGCAGCAGACUAAGACCUCCUGCUUAGCGUACUGAGAACACACUGACCACUGAGACAUUAGACCAACUGUUAAAUGUUCACACAGUCCUUUUCGAAGUAUCUCACCUAAUUAUCUCAUUGUCAUAUUGUUGAGUUUUUACUGAUUUUCAGUCAGAAGAGUGUUCAGAGCUGCUCCAUGUUGCAACAAGAAACUCAGCCAAAUAUGUUGUAUUUUUUAAUUAUUUAUUCACGUUUCUGUUCGAUUUGCCAUAGGAUGAUUGCUGCCUUGAGUAUAUUUUGGCUGUCUAAAUUGGAAACAGUUCACACAGCUCUAAGGAAAUAAGUUGUUUUAAACUUACUGUAUCGUUGUGUCUUUUUUUUUAAUACAAUAAAGGAGUUUCUUUUUUUCCGAAAUGUGAAAAAAAUGACUGCUGUCAUGUCAAUAUAUUUUAAUAAAAUGUUUUUUUUUUUCCCUCUGGGACUA